UAAGUCUUCUGGUAUUAAUUGUAAUGGAUACCGUCGAACGUCGUCGGGUAUUUUUUAAAUGUGUUUCACGCAACUUUUACGUGUGGCUCGUUAGUAAUUACGAACCGUACAACUAUAAACUGUUCGCGGGCCAAAGUCCCACUGUCGGCGUUCAAGCGUUUCUGUGGCCACCAUGAAUAUCUGUAAACCCGUGGCCGUCUGUGGGCGGUGGUUCGUCAACAAAAUAACACCUCAGAGGCUGUCGAAAUCUCUAUGGUCGAAAUUCCAGACCAAUUUCGGCGUCUACGACGUAGUAGACCACCUAGGAACCGUCAGCGAUCCCAGGACGGUGCCAGAGUACGUCACGUUACCAUCGUACGCGAAGACCGGCAUGGUCGUCGAUGAGCCUGACCAAGAUUGUCCACCGGAAAUCCAAAACAAAGGUCAGAUCGAGAUGCUCCGGCAGAGCUGCAAGUUUGCCAAGUUUGUGCUGGACAGUGCCAAGGCACAGUUGAAAGUCGGCGCUACCACCGACGAUGUCGACCGUUUCGUACACGAUCUGGUCAUCGACAACAACGCAUAUCCGUCGCCUUUGAACUACAAAGGGUUCAAGAAGUCUGUCUGCACGUCGAUAAACAAUGUCGUGUGCCACGGAGUGCCCGACGAUCGGCCACUGCUCAACGGCGAUCUCAUAUCUGUAGACGUCUCUGUCUAUCUGAACGGUUUUCACGGUGAUUGCGCCGCAACCUAUUGCGUAGGCGAAGUGGACAACUACGGUAAAAAACUGAUGAGCGUGGCCGAACAAAGCAUGUACAAAGGCAUAGAAGCCUGUGGCCCAGGCAAAGACUUUUCAGACAUUGGGAGAGCCAUAGAAUUAUACGUUCGUCAACACGGUCAUAAUGUUGUGUCGAGCAUUACUGGCCACGGCAUCAGUACAUAUUUCCAUGGGCCUCCCAUUAUUUUCCAUUCUACUUUAUAUAGUUAUCCGGGAAUAAUGAAACCAGGUAUGGUGUUUACGGUUGAGCCAGUAGUUAGCCAAGGUGGUAGCGAUGUAGAGAUUUUAGAAGACGGGUGGACCAUAGUAACAGCCGACGAUUCUAGAGGAGCUCAAUUUGAACAUACAAUACUUAUCACUGAUCAUGGUUAUGACAUUUUAACAGUUUAAUCUGUUUAAUGUGUCAAUGGUAGUUUUUGAAUUCCUUUGAAGUUUGAAGUACAAUACCAGACAUCUUCCGCUGCAAGUACAAUAUCAUUAUGUUAAGGACUCAUAAAUUGUUGUUAAGUUUAAAAAUUGUACUAUGAUUUUCCAUUAUAUUUAUUUCAGAUUUUUAUGUAAGAUUAUUUUCAUAUGUUGUACCAUUGAGUAUAAUAUAAUUUAAUUUAGAAUUUUUA